AUGACUCCUGCGGGUCCUCAGUUGCCUGGUGCUCAAUUUGAACAAGCUGCUCAAUUGCAAAUGAUAACUAAUCCGGGACAGCCACCAUUGCCAGGGCAGCAAGCUGCUAUACACCAAUUACACCAAAUGCAACAACAAAUGCAACAAAUGCAGCAUUUAAUGCAUCCUGCAAUGAAUGAUGCUCCUUUAGAAUUUAACAUGAACAAAAAUAAACCACCAAUGCCAAUUUUAAAUGAAGAACAAAACAAGCAAUCAAAUAAUUCUAGUAAUGAUGACUUGCAAUCUUCUAAAAGAGAGGAUAGAAUAAAUGAUAGACGAGAGCAUAGAGAGAGAGAUAGAAGAGAUCGUGACAGAGAAAGAGAUAGAAGAAGUGAUAGAAGAGAUCGUUCUGAUAGAGAUCGUGACAGAGACGAUCUUAAAGAUAGAAGAGAUGAAUCAUCGAAAAUUGGGCCAUCAAAAUUGGGCAUUGAUAUAGGAACUUCAUCUGGUCAGAAUUCAAAUUCUGGUCAAAAUCCAGGUGGUGUAAUACCGAAUGCAGUGCAAAUGAUGGGAGUUAGUCCUAUGAUAGGUAUGAUGGGUGGUAUGAUGGGUCAUCCAAUGAUGCCCAUGAUGGGUGGAAUGAUAGGUGAUCCUGCUAUGCUGAGUAUGGCUGGAAUGAGCCAGUAUGGGAUGAUGCCUGGCAUGAUGGGAGAUGGUACAGUUUUACCUGUCGGAGAUAUAAGUUCAAAUUUAAGCAAUUUAGUUCCUGGACAAAAGGGCAUUAUAGAAUGCAAAGAAUGUACCUUAAUUCCACCAUCGCCUAAUGCACCGCCUCCUGUGACAAGAGAACGUCCACCUGGUUGUAAAACUGUAUAUAUUGGCGGGAUUCCUGAAAAUUGUACCGAAGAAAUAAUAAGAGAUGUUUUUGGAAGAUGUGGAGAAAUGCAAACGAUAAGAUUAAGUAAAAAAAAUUUUUGCCAUAUUAGAUUUGUUUUUGAAGCUUCUGUAGAUGCAGCAAUAUUUUUAUCAGGUUAUAGAAUGAGAAUUGGAAAUAGUACAGAUGCUCCGAACACAGGUCGCUUGCAUGUUGAUUAUGCUCAAGCUAGAGAUGAUCAAUAUGAUUAUGAAUGCAGGCAGCGUGCUCUUCAACGCGAGCAAAGACAUCGUGAACGAAUGGAAAGGGAAAGAAUGCGUCCAGUUUCUCCUCCUCCAGUACCACAUUAUUCAGAUCAUGAAGCUGCUACGAUUUGUGAAAAAAUUAAAAGCGAUGAUGGUUUUCAAAAAUCAGUUCAGAUGGUGGUGGCAUGGUUGGAAAGAGGAGACUGUUCGAAAAGAAAUGCAAACACAUUUUAUUCGAUGAUUCAAAGUACAAAUUCUCACGUUCGUAGAUUAAUGAAUGAAAAAAUGCAAUAUGAAGAGGAAUUGCAAAAUGCCAAAGAUGUUUAUCGAACAAGGGUUCAAGGCAUUAUUGUUCAAUUCGGACUCAUCGAGAAGGUGUUCAACUGUGCUUCUCACAAAAAAUGUUGGGACCAUUUCACGAAAGCUCAACGCAAAAAUAUCGAAACGUGGAAAAAGCAAACUCUAGAAAUGAAACAAAUGCAAUUCGGUGAUAAUUUAAACGAAGAAGCCGAUGAGGAAAUGGAUGUGUCCGAUAACGAAGAUGAAUUUCCCGGACCCCGGAAAAAAUGUAGAAACGAUAAAGAAGUCGAAAUCGGAGCACUCAAAGACGAAAAUGAAAGUCUCAAGUGUCAAUUGGAAGCGUAUAAAAACGAAGUCGAUUUAGUGAGGGGAGAUUUGAAAAACGAUCUCGAAUCGAAGGAAAAACAAUUGAAAGUUUUACAGCAGACGGUGCAAAAUUUACAAAAGCAAUUGUUGGAUUCGAAAAGGCGUCACGCGGAAGAUGACGUCAAAUUGAGGGGACUCCAAGCGAGAAUAAAAUGCGCAGGAGUUAAAAAACAGGAAAACGGUGAUAAGGAUGAGAAUUUUAUGGAGGUCAAAGAAAAGGACGAAGAUUUUCCGGUCAAAGAAGAAACGACGGACGUGACGCUGAGCGAAAACGGGGGAUCAUCCGUGCAAAUAAUUGGGGCUUACGCCGACAGAGAUGCAAGACUCAUAGGUUUAAUAUCCACUUUUCUUCACGUUCAUCCUUUCGGUGCGGGCGUGGAUUACAUUUGGUCGUUUUUAACGAAAUUAGAUCCCGUCAUAAGGCCGGCAGACGUGGAAGCCUUGUUAAAUCGUUUUCCAUCGGUUUUUAGACAAGAAUUAUCCGGGAUAGGAGCGACGAUGGAAAGACGGUGGAUAUUUAUCGGUUUCGAAACUCUAUAA